AGUAAUAAAUGUGUGUGACUCCAUCAUUCUUCAGAGUUCAGACUCAUCCAAUCUCCCCGCCGAUAACCACCCGCCACCACUGCGCCGCUCCUCCACCCUCUCUCACUACUCAAGUCGACGAGAACGCAGCUGAAGCCACGCUAAUUCCGAUUGAAGUAUGAUAUGCAAAUGUUUGCUACUCUCUGUUGCAAAACCGUUCACCGAAAUGCUUAGAUAAAUAGGCAAAUUUUUCAUGGCUUGCUUUCAAAUUCCGCACCAGCAGCUUCAUGUUUUCUGGAGGAGUCUUUCGGUGAAUCAGAAGUUAGGCCACAAAUUGACGUCAAUUGUAGAUUCGAGAAGGUCUUAUUCACUCCUUUUUAGAAAGGACUCGUGCAAAGCGCGACCUAGUUCGAGUUCUGGAUUUUGUAAACUUCUCCAUUUGAGAGGUGUCAGUUCAGCUGCUCAAAGCGCAGCGCUUGGACAGAGUACACUCGUUGAUACCGCUCUACGUGAAGAUGGUUCCACCGCGAUAAAUCCAUCGAAUGGAAGAGUAAUGCUCAUUGAUGGCACUUCAAUAAUAUACAGAGCCUAUUACAAGCUUAUUGCAAAACUGCACCAUGGUCAUCUAUCUCAUGCCGAUGGCAACGGAGAUUGGGUCCUAACAAUUUUCAGUGCAUUGUCCCUGAUAAUUGAUGUAUUGGAAUAUAUUCCUACACAUGUAGUGGUGGUUUUUGACUAUGAUGGGGGUCCUUAUGGUCAUGCGUCUCUUUCGUCCAAACAAAGUUUUGUUGGAAAAGGCAUGAAUUUUCGUCACACCCUAUACCCUUCUUACAAGAGCAAUCGGCCUCCAACCCCUGAUACUGUAGUCCAGGGGCUUCAGUACUUGAAAGCUUCCAUCAAGGCUAUGUCUAUCAAAGUGAUUGAGCAGGUUCCAGGUGUUGAAGCUGAUGAUGUAAUUGGGACACUGGCCGUUAAAAGCGUAAAUGAUGGGUUCAAGGUGCGAGUUGUCUCCCCAGACAAAGAUUUUUUCCAGAUUCUAUCUCCUUCAUUGCGCCUGUUGCGAAUCGCUCCCCGUGGCUUUGAGAUGUCCUCUUUUGGGAUGGAAGACUUUGCUAAGAAAUAUGGGACACUGGAUCCAUCACAGUUUGUCGAUGUAGUUUCACUUGUGGGAGACAAAUCUGAUAACAUUCCAGGAGUUGAUGGUAUUGGAGAUGUUCACGCUAUUCGACUUAUUACCAAGUUUGGUUCAUUGGAGAACUUAUUGCAUCAUGUCGACGAAGUUGAGGAGGAGCGAAUCAAAAAGGCACUGAUUGCGAAUGCCGAGCAGGCUAUUCUAAGCAAGAAUCUUGCUAUGCUACGUUCCGACCUCCCAUCCUACAUGGUCCCGUAUACCACCAAAGAUCUGCCUUUUAUCAAACCAGAUGAUGAUGGGCAGAAAUUCACAAGCCUACUGACAGCCAUUAGUGCUUAUGCAGAAGGAUUUUCUGCAGAUACUAUUAUUAGAAGGGCUUCUAAUUUGUGGAAGAAGCUUGAAACUCAAGGAAUCCACUAACUCAUUCAUUCUUGUUUUUUUCUUCCCUACUUUUGGGUCAUUCUAUAUUGAAGGUUUCCGAAAUAGGAAUUUUUUUUUUAAAUUUCA